AUUAGUCUCUUUAUACUACUUACUUUUCAUACAACUUACCAAUCCAUUGUUAGUUGUCCCAUACGCUGUCGAUCAGCCGAGGUCAGCCCUACUCAACUCCCAACCACACGAUCCAUGGUUCACCACAAUUAUCAGAGGAAGAUUGCAACAACUUCCCCCUGACAUCACUCCUGCAUAUCCAGAAUUUGCGCGCCACUUUCCAAAUGACCUUUCUCUAAUACGCUUCCCGUCACAUUUGACAGUCAUUCGUUCUCAAUAUCAUCCAGACUCACACCUGCAGCAUCACGACAAGCCUAUCUAUCAGCAUGCGCCUUCCACCGCAGACUCAAGAGGCCACUGCCCCUGAAAUUCAUGCCUACAUCCUCGGCGCCGGGAUCACCUCCCUCUCCGCGGCCGUCCAUCUCCUGCAAGAGGGGCAUCUCCCUGCCUCACACAUCCACAUCCUCGAAACCCUAGACCAAGCCGGCGGCGGGACCGUCAGUUGUGGUGAUGCAGAGCAAGGAUACCACUACCGCGCUGGCGGGAUGCCGCUGUUGAAUGGGGAGGCGAUGGCGACGUUGUUGGCGGAGGUCCCGUCCGAGACGCAUCCAGGGAAGAGCGUUUUGGAUGAUUUGUACGAGUACUGGGGUCUCUCAGCAUCAUCUGCACAUCAGCAGCAGCAGCAGCAGCAGCAGCAGUCGUCAGAGUGUCAUCAGACGCGGCUCCUCCGGCGGUCAAAGCACGGAUUGGUCCGGAUUGACUGCAAACGAAGUACCAACCUCGGAUUGAGAGAUCGGAUGGAAGUAUUUCGGUUUAUGAACAAGCGUGAGACGGUGUUGGGGAGAUCGCGGAUAAGUGAUUACUUCGGGAAGGGGUUCUUCGGAGGAUGCUACUGGGGGGUUUUGAGUACGACCUUCGGCUUCAAACCCUGCCACAGCGCUGCUGAGUUCCACAGGGCUCUGCACCGAUUCGGACACGAUCUCUCCCACCUCACCAGCUCGCACCCCCGUCCUCUCGAUGGUGGACAAUACAACCGCCACGAAUCGCUCGUCGCCCCCACCGCCCGCUUCCUCCGCGAUCAGGGCGUCGACUUCCAGUUCAAGACCACCGUCUCGGAUAUUAUCUUCGCAGACGCCCCGGACACCGUGCCAUCAUCAUCAUCAACAGCAGCACCCACUAAUUCCAGAGGCUCGACUCCAGCAAGAGCCAACUCCUUCGGAAGUGCCCACCAGAAGCUUCCUGAAGACGACGACAGCAAAAAAUCCCGCCAGCCGGAACAGCAACCUUACCCACCGCGUCUCGUCUCUGCGAUAAUCGCGCACCCGUUCAACGAGCCCGAACAGACGAUCCGCGUGCAACCGCACGACAUCGUCCUCGUCUCCCUGGGCAGCGCCAUGUCCGGCUCCAGCCUGGGUAGCAACACCACCGCGCCCCCGCUCUAUCAAAUGGAAGCCGACCACGAGCUGGACGAAAACUGGCUCCUCUGGCUCGAGCUGACGACCAAGGAUCCGCGCCGCUUAGGCAACGCCUAUAACUUCUGUACGCGCCUCGAGGAGUCCCGCCUCGAGUCCUUUACUAUCACCCUCCGCGCAGGUGGAAACUGCAUCAUCGAUCGAAUCACGGGUGCGGGGACGGGAAUCCAAACUGUAAAAGGCAACGGGCUGUUUGUCUCGCUCAUCGAUGCGCCGUGGGUCGUCAGUCUGCAUGUUCCGCCGCAGCCUGUUUUCCCAGACCAGCCAGGCCACGUGCAGGUGCUCUGGGGGUAUGCCUUAUAUCCGGAGCGGAAGGGGGAGGUGGUGCAGAAGACGAUGCUCGAGUGUACCGGCGAAGAGAUCCUGAGGGAGGUGCUGGCGCAGCUGAAUUUCAAGGACGCCGAGAUGGAGCGUAUCCUGCAAGGCGCGCUCACGGUGCCCUGCGUGGUGCCGCGGAUGGCGGCGGGGUUGUUGCCGCGCGGUGAGGGGAAUCGGCCGCGCGUCAUUCCUCCAGCGAUUCGGAAUUUGGGAUUGAUUGGGCAGUUUGUGGAAAUCGAAGGGGAGACGGGCGUCACGGCGAUGGAGUAUAGUGUGCUGGGGGCGCAGAUGGCAGUCCGAAAGUUAAUAGGAAGGCAGGCCGCGACAGAAGAGCAUCAACAGCAUAAAGUCAAAGAGUCGAGGAAACGGAGUUGGUUGCCGUUGCCUUGUGCUUAAAACCUGAGAAGAGAUAACUUUCGAGCAUGCAUUACCCAUGUUGGAAAUAAGAUAGGGCAUUUGUGCCGCGAUGGACUACAGGAUAGGCCAUAUUCAGUGUACAUGCCGUCCAGUAUCUUCCGGAAUGGCACCCAGAAAACAAAACUAGAAACAGUCAAAUUGGAUAUAGAACAUCAUUU